AGCAAGAUUUCCUCCUGCUUCAUAAUCAGCCGGAACAAUGUUCUACGCACACUUUGUCCUCAGUAAGAGAGGGCCUCUGGCCAAAAUUUGGCUAGUGGCCCAUUGGGAUAAGAAGCUAACCAAAGCCCAUGUGUUUGAGUGUAAUUUAGAGAGCAGUGUAGAGAGUAUCAUCUCACCAAAGGUGAAGAUGGCACUCCGAACAUCAGGACAUCUCUUACUGGGAGUAGUUUGAAUCUACCAUAGAAAAGCCAAAUACCUGCUUGCAGACUGUAAUGAAGCAUUCAUUAAGAUAAAGAUGGCUUUUCGGCCAGGUGUUGUUGACCUGCCUGAGGAAAAUCGAGAAGCUGCUUACAAUGCUAUUACCUUACCUGAAGAAUUUCAUGACUUUGAUCAGCCACUGCCUGACUUAGAUGACAUCGAUGUGGCCCAGCAGUUCAGCCUGAACCAGAGUAGAGGGGAAGAAAUAACCAUAAGAGAAGAAGUUGGGAACAUCAGUAUUCUACAAGAAAAUGAUUUUGGUGACUUUGGAAUGGAUGAUCGUGAGAUCAUGACAGAAGGAAGUGCUUUUGAGGAUGAUGACAUGUUAGUGAGCACUAGCGCUUCUAACCUCCUGUUAGAGCCUGAACAGAGCACCAGCAAUCUGAAUGAGAAAAUUAAUCAUUUAGAAUAUGAAGACCAAUAUAAAGAUGACAAUUUUGGAGAAGGAAAUGAUGGUGGUAUAUUAGGCGACAAACUUAUAAGUAAUAAUGAUGGUGGUAUCUUUGACGACCCCCUGGCCCUGUCAGAGGCAGGUGUGAUGUUGCCAGAACAGCCUGCACAUGAUGAUAUGGAUGAGGAUGAGAACAUAUAUGGUGCGCCUGAUAGUCCUGAUUCAGUGGAUCCUGUUAAACCAAUGCCAACUAUGACUGAUCAGGCAACACUUGUUCCAAAUGAAGAAGAAGCCUUUGCUUUGGAACCUAUUGAUAUCACUGUCAAAGAAACAAAAUCCAAGAGGAAGAGGAAGCUGAUUUUUGACAGUGUCAAAGACCUGGAUAGUAAGACAAUUAGAGCCCAACUUAGUGAUUAUUCUGGUAUUGUUACUACUUUGGAUCUGGCACCACCCACCAAGAAGUUGAUGAUGUGGAAAGAGACAGGGGGAGUGGAAAAACUCUUCUUACCUGCUCAGCCUUUAUGGACUAAUAGACUCCCGAAGGUCUUUACCCGCUGUCUUACACCGCUAGUACCAGAAGAUCUUAGGAAAAGGAGGAAAGGAGGAGAGGCUGAUAAUUUGGAUGAAUUCCUCAAAGAAUUUGAAAAUCCGGAGGUUCCCAGAGAGGAUCAGCAGCAGCAGCACCAGCGGCGUGAUGUUAUCGAUGAGCCCAUUUUGGAAGAGCCAAGCCACCUCCAGGAGUCAGUGAUGGAGACCAGCAAAACAAACUUGGAUGAGUCAGCCAUGCCUCCACCACCUCCUCAGGGAGUCAAGCGAAAAGCAGGACAAAUUGACCCAGAGCCUGUGAUCCCUCCCCAGCAGGUAGAGCAGGUGGAAAUACCCCCUGUAGAGCUGCCCCCUGAGGAGCCUCCAAAUAUCUGUCAGUUAAUUCAGGAGUUAGAACGUCUACCAGAGAAAGAGAAGGAGAAAGAAGAUGAUGAAGAGGAGGAGGAAGAAGAUGCUUCCGGAGGUGAUCAGGAUCAAGAAGGAAGAAGAUGGAAUAAAAGGACUCAGCAGAUGCUUCAUGGGCUUCAGCAAGCUCUUGCUAAAACUGGAGCUGAAUCCAUCAGUUUGCUUGAGUUAUGUCGAAACACAAACAGAAAGCAAGCUGCAGCAAAGUUCUACAGCUUCUUGGUUCUUAAUAAGCAACAAGCUAUUGAGCUGACGCAGGAAGAACCAUAGAGUGACAUCAUUGCAACGCCUGGACCAAGGUUCCACAUUAUUUGA